AUGAAUCCUCGCACUAGUGCCCAGGAUGUGAUACGAUGCCAUGUGUGCAAGGCAACCGUAAUAGAGAUGCACUGCAAUACAUGCUUCAUCAACCUUUGCAGGGCCUGUGUGGGGGAACACAUUUCAACUGACGAAACUACUGUCCAUAAAGUGGUCAAAUUUGAAAACAGAAAAUCCGUUCUCAUUUACCCUUCUGGUAAAUCACGUCCCAGGGAGUCAACCUUGUAUCUUAAAGGCCACUGCAUAAAGUCAGAACAAAGCAUACAAGAAGCAGUAACUCGAACCGUAGUUACACACUUCCUUGAUAAACCAAAAAUUUACACCACCAUAAAAAUUAAGUUUUCAUUUUUAUUUGGUCCUUACUUUGUGGCCUGUCUAAAUGAUGAUAAACUCUGGACAGGGGGAGCUGAAGAUAAAAUGUACCUCUUCAGCAGCAAACGAGGGGAAAUACUCCAGACAGUAGGAACCAUGUCAAAGAACAGGCCAGGAGGCAUAACAGUGACAAAGCAUGGUGAUCUGGUGUAUACUGAUCCAAUAGCUAAAACUGUAAACAUUGUGAAAGAUGAAGGCACCGAGUCUAUAACCCUACAAAACUGGACACCUUACGGAGUCUGCUCUACCCGCUCUGGAGAUCUUCUAGUUAACAUGCACAGUAAUAAGGACGAGAGGUUAAAGGUUGUUCGUUACUCUGGCUCUACAGAGAAACAAUCCAUACUGCUCAAAGACAGAACCUCUAUCUAUGAACAUCCUGUUCAUAAUCAGAAUUGCAUCAGUGAAAACGGGAACUUGGAUAUCUGUGUGGUGGACUUCAUUGAUAAAUCAGUAAUUGUUUUAAACCAAGCUGGAAAACGGAGAUUCAUAUACAGGGGUCAAACUUCCUCUCCCAAAAUAAAACUGUUCAACCCCAAAGGGAUCACAACGGACAGUCGGAGUCAAAUCCUUAUAGCCGAUUAUGACAAUGACUGUGUUCAUAUAAUAGAUCGGGAUGGAACGUUCCUCGGCCUUAUAGACUGUGGGCUAAAGGGCCCUUUUGGACUCUGUAUAGAUUCAAGGGACAAUCUGUUUGUUUCUGAAAUGAGAGACAACCAAGUGAAGAGAAUCAAAUAUCAGCAUUACAAUACAACAUGA